GUCACUUUCCACAAAAUAAAACAAACCUGCUGCAUAUGUAAAAAUCCGAAAACAAAACAAACCCUAGCAAUACACUUUUAUUUUCUCUCUCUUUGCUUUUUGAGUGAAAAUUUUCACUCUCAAAUCUUUCGCAACGAAAAAUUGUUCGUCGGUUUUUUCAUUUGUAGGUGAAAACAGAUAAGGAACGAGGUAGAUUUAUGGCGACGGAGAAUAGUAGCAAUACGGCGUCGACUUCGAGAUCUAAUUCGACGGCCGAUUCGUACAUAGGAAGCUUGAUUAGCCUAACUUCCAAGAGUGAGAUCAGAUACGAAGGCGUUCUCUACAAUAUCAACACCGAUGAGUCCAGUAUCGGAUUGAAAAACGUCCGGUCGUUUGGAACUGAAGGGCGGAAAAAGGAUGGACCGCAAAUCCCUCCCAGCGACAAAGUUUACGAGUAUAUAUUGUUUCGUGGAAGUGACAUCAAGGACUUACAGGUUAAGUCUUCUCCCCCUGUUCAGCCUACGCCUACACCACCUAUAAACAAUGAUCCUGCUAUUAUACAGUCUCACUAUCCUCACCCAGCUUCUACAUCUGUAAGCUUGCCACCUGCUGUUGGUGGGUCUUUGGGUGAUAUUGGAUCCCAUAAUGCACAAAUAGGACUACCUGGCUCGAAUUUUCAAGGUGGGCUGCCUUUGUAUCAACCAGGAGGGAAUAUAGGAACAUGGGGGGCUUCACCUCCUCCGCCAAAUGCAAAUGGCAGUGGGCUUCCUAUGCCAAUGUAUUGGCAAGGUUAUUAUGGGCCUCCAAAUGGGAUGCCUCAUUUACAUCAGCAAUCCCUGCUUCGACCGCCUCAUGGUCUAUCAAUGCCUCCUUCCAUGCAGCAACCGAUGCAGUAUCCCAAUUACAAUGCACCAUUACCUGCUGCAGCCUCAAACUUGCCUGGUAUAAACCUGCCAACUUCCAACUUACCAGCUUCAAACUUGCCAACUUCCUUGCCUAGCAUUCCAUCUCCUUUUCUAUCUGCCAGCACUAGUAUGCUUAAUUUAACCUCCACUUCUUCAGUACCAUCAACUUUGCCUACAACAUUACCCCCUGGGCCUUCUGCUUCUCUAGCUUCUGAAACAUUGCCAAGUUUUAUUUCUAACAAGACCCCUAGUUCUGCACUUCCUGCAGCCAAUUUAAGUGGCAGCUUGGCAGGACUGUCUCCCUUGAGCUCAUCUGUUCCAGAAUUAAAUACUACCAUACCGCCAAUUUCUAACAAACCUAAUGUAAUUUCUGGUCCAACAAUGCCAUAUCAGAAUGCUGCACAACCUACUGCAAGGGCUGCACCGUCUAAUUCUCUUCGCACAGAAGCGCCCACACCCUUGUUGGUAACUCCAGGCCAGCUAUUGCAGUUGGGAACUGUGACAGUCCCUACGUCACAACCUCAGCAAGUAGCUCAUAAAGAUGUGGAGAUUGUUAAAGUACCAGCAACAUCUUCAACAGAACCAUCAGUACCUAUUGUUAUGGAAGCUCAGCCACCAAUACUCCCAUUGCCUGUUCAAGCUCGGGCAAAUCAUAAGCCAAAUGGAGCUCCAUACCAUUCUCGUCAAGGUUACAGGGGGCGAGGAAGAGGAACUGGGAGUUCACGCCCUGUGACCAAAUUUACCGAGGAUUUUGAUUUUACGGCAAUGAAUGAGAAAUUUAAGAAGGAUGAGGUAUGGGGUCAUCUAGGUAAGAGUAACAAAAAGGACAAAGAGGACGGGAGAGUCAGUGAUGAAGAAUAUUUCCAAGAUGAGGAAGAUGACGAAUCGAAUAAGCAUGUUUACAACAAAGAUGACUUCUUUGAUACUCUGUCAUGCAAUGCACUCGAUCGCGAGUCUCACAAUGGAAGACCUAGAUUCUCCGAGCAACUGAAACUGGACACGGAGACUUUUGGCGAAUUCUCCAGGUACAGGGGAGGUCGAGGUGGCCGAGGGCCGCCUCGUGGUGGACGUUCCCGCGGUGGAUCAUAUCAUGGAAGGGGUGGCUAUGGCUAUAAUAACCAGGGGUAUGGCUACGGUUAUGGCUAUGGAUAUGGCGGGAGGGGUCGAGGCAGGGGGAUGCCUAAUAACUCGUCUUAGUUAGGCAUUAUUUGGUGGUAUUUUGAAUUUACCGGGUUAAACUAACAACCCGGUUGCCCGCUAAGAAAUAGACUAAUAUAGGGCUAUGGUUGCAGUGUGUUUCUUUUUCUGAUUGUGUAGAAAAUAAAGGGUAGGAUGCGCGCAGGUGUUUUUCGUUUUGUCCGAUUUGCUUUUAAGAGUCGGUAGUGUUGUUAAUGAAGAAGAUAUAUCAGUUAAUUGCUUAGGUUACUGUUUAGGUUGUUUUGCAGCUUGCCCGUCUUUGUUAAUUAUGAUGUAUAUGGUUAUCCAACUGGGAGAAGUUGGGACCUUCCAAUACUUUUUCUAAAUUUUCAGAUUAAUAUUUUUUUCGUACUUUAA